GGUGCGACGCAAAGAAAUCUGGGAUCGCCCGAGUACAGCCUUUGGUCAGAAAUAGCAGAAAAUCCCACGGUCCCUACUUCUCGCAGCCACGGCGCGGGGGUGGGUUCGCCUCCCUCGCUCUCUGACUAACCGUGCGACAUAGGUGCCAAUUGUGUACCUCCCUGCCGCUCGGGUUACAGACAUGCUGAAAUCAUUCCUUCCAACUGGCCUGCAUGCUAGAAAUCCUGACACUUUGGGUUAACUGCAAUAUUUCAUUUCCAAAGAACAUUUCUUUUCUUCCUUUUUUCUGCAUCUCCCCAGGUUUUGGGGCUGACGCUCAACCGGUUUAGUCUGCUGUGCUUCUUGCCCUGUGUGUCUGCAAAGGUACCCUUAGAAACUGCACACUGGAUGCUAAGGGCAAGUGCUCAUAAAUGGAACAUAUUUGAUGAAAAUGCCAGCAUCUCUCAGUCAUCAUGAAACAAUGUCAAGGUGCCACUCUUUUUUACAGUCACCCUAAAAAGUCAGUCGGUUCAUGGAUGUCUUUGCCUUGUAAAGUUAAUGGAAUAUGAAAUUUAUCCAGUAGAAGGUUUUGUGCACUUUUUAGGUCUCCGUAAACAUAAGAAGGUGUUUAGAAUACUGUAUAAAAUGGCUUAACUAGCCUUUGCUGUAUACUUCAGCAGAUUAUGAAGAAAGGAAAAAUCUAGAUGUUUGGGUGUGAAAUACACGUCAGAUGUUUCUCCCAAAGCCUGAUUAACCAUGCUUCCUUUACGUACGGAUUGUUUACAUGCUCAUGGAAAUGAUGCACAGCCUGGUGUAUUAUUGAACUAUUUUUAAUGUUCUCGGUACCAAGGAAUUCAUUAUUUUUUAUCUGGCAGAAUACUGGUAUUUGGAACAAAUUCCUUUAAGUAAUUAUAAUGCUUAUAUUAGUUUUACUGCAACGUACUUAAGAUCCGAUAUGUGACUGAACUGUGAAAUUAUCCACUGAGCAAAUUUUGUACAAAUAAAGGAGAAAUGAAAAGUGAAGUGUCAUGUAAGAGAUGGCACUACAGAAUGAGUGCAUUCUAAAACAUCUGUAUCAUGUCAGCGUUAACAAUGACUAGAAAUCUGUCCGUGGACCAUUUUAGUGAAUUAGUGGACAGAUAUCUGUGGAGUUCAAGGCUGACCAAUAAACACGGCCCAGGAUUAAGUGAAGAAUGCUGAAAUACAUUGGAAACUGAAAUACUGUCUGCCUGUGAUUUUACAGUUUUUGUGAAAUUUACCAAAGAUUGUUUAAGCAUGAUGUGUGAGGUAAUGCCCACAAUCAAUGAAGGGGACCCUCUGGGGUCCCAGCGAGGGUCUCAGGCUGGUGCUGAUCAGGACGCUAAUUUUGAACAGUUAAUGGUAAAUAUGCUUGAUGAGAGAGACAAGUUACUGGAGAGGCUGCGAGAGAGCCAGGAUGCUCUGGUACAGUCGCAAGGAAAACUUCAGGAGGUAAUCCAUGAGCGAGAUCAGCUUGAGCGACAACUGAACUCUGCACUGCCACAGGAAUUUGCAACCUUAACUAAAGAACUGAAUGCCUGCAGAGAGCAGCUUCUGGAGAAGGAAGAGGAGAUUUCAGAACUGAAGGCAGAACGGAACAAUACAAGACUCUUGUUGGAACAUCUUGAGUGCCUGGUUUCCCGACACGAGCGAUCCUUAAGAAUGACUGUGGUGAAGAGACAAGCACAGUCGCCGUCUGGCGUUUCCAGUGAAGUUGAAGUUUUGAAGGCUUUAAAAUCAUUAUUUGAACAUCAUAAAGCUUUAGAUGAAAAAGUUCGAGAACGUUUACGAGUUGCAUUAGAGAGAGCGUCUGCACUAGAGGAACAGCUGAUUGCUGCCAACCAAGAGAUUGUAGAGUUGAGACAGGGGCAUUCUCAAAGGAAGGCACCUACAGGGGAACAAGUUGUGGAACGUAUAGAUGGAGCAGAUCCCAGACAGAAAACAACUUGGAAAAGACUCUCCAAUGGUUCUGCCCAUCCUGAAGACGAGGCCAGCCGGGUAGUGGAGUUGCAAGAACUUGUGGACAGACUGAAUUUUGAGCUCGUACAGACAAAGGAAAGAGUGUCGGCCCUGUCUGCAAAGGUGUCUGAACUUGAAGAAGACCUUGACACAGCUAGGAAGGACCUCAUAAAGUCAGAAGAAGCCAACACAAAGUACCAAAGGGAUAUCAGGGAGGCCAUGGCUCAAAAAGACGAUAUGGAGGAGCGCAUAACCACACUGGAGAAGCGCUACUUAGCCGCCCAGAGGGAAUCCACUUCAAUCCAUGACCUUAACGACAAACUUGAGAAUGAACUGGCAAACAGGGAGUCCCUCCAGCGCCAGUCUGAAGAGAAAGUCCGACACCUGCAGGAACUCCUGGAACUUGCCGAGCAGAAGCUCCAGCAGACCAUGAGGAAGGCAGAGACGUUACCUGAAGUAGAAGCUGAACUCGCUCAGCGAAUAGCAGCACUUACUAAGGCAGAAGAAAGACAUGGCAGCAUUGAAGAACGCUUAAGGCAUCUUGAGAGUCAACUUGAAGAGAAAAAUCAGGAGCUUUCAAGGGCACAUCAACGAGAAAAGAUGAACGAAGAGCACAAUAAACGCCUUUCAGACACAGUAGAUCGGCUACUGACAGAGUCUAAUGAACGACUUCAGCUCCACUUAAAGGAGCGCAUGGCAGCCUUAGAAGAGAAGAAUACAUUAAUUCAAGAGCUGGAAAAUUCACAAAAACAAAUGGAAGAAUUCCAACAAGACAAAGAGAAGUUAAUAGAGGAAAUUGGAAGUUUAAGAGGUGAAGUUGAACAGGUGAAACGACGAAGUGGAGCUUUCAUGGACACUGGUCAUCCAAGGUCCCACUUGGGCAGUACAACUGACCUGCGUUAUCCUCUUGGUUCUGUUGUGGAUUCCCAGCCAGACAGCUAUGGACCGCCAUCUGUGUUACGGCGUACACCAAAAGGACGAUUUGGAGCACGUCUGGAAGAACCUACUAAGGCCUGGCUCUUCAAUGACCACCAGGACUGGGAACCCACUAUACAAUCUGCAGUAAUUCCUACUGUGUCACACCCAUAUGACAGUGAUGCUGAAAUGUCAGACAUUGAGGAUGAUGACCAUGAGACUGUCUUUGGGUCAGUCGAUAUGCUUUCUCCAGGUGGUCAUUCUGAUGCCCAGACUUUGGCUAUGAUGCUGCAGGAGCAGUUGGAUGCUAUCAAUGAAGAGAUCAGGAUGAUCCAAGAAGAAAAGGAAUCUGCUGAACUCCGUGCUGAAGAGAUAGAAAGCAGGGUAACAAGUGGUAGUAUGGAUGGCCUUGACAUGCCUCAGCAUAGGAAGCGAACGUCUAUCCCUACAUCACUCACUGCCUUGUCCUUGGCUAGUUCCUCUCCUCCAGUUAGUGGACGCUCAACUCCAAAGCUUUCUUCCCGUGGUAGUGCCCAUGAACUUGAUCGUAUGGGUGUCAUGACACUUCCAAGUGACUUGCGGAAACAUCGUAGAAAAGUACUUUCCCCAGUUGGUCGGGAUGAGAGCCGUGAAGAUAAAACUACCAUAAAGUGCGAGACCUCCCCACCUUCAUCACCUAGAACAUUGCGAAUAGAACGGCUAGGACCCUCAGGACCAGUGACGAGUCAGGAGGAGAGCAGAGUAUAUGAAACAUGGCCUGUUCAUGGUCUUCUAGAUGAGCAACCCAGCAAUCCAAGCAGCAGUAACAGUAGCCAAGAUUCACUGCACAAAACAGCCAAGAAAAAGGGAAUCAAAUCUUCGAUCGGACGGUUGUUUGGAAAGAAGGAAAAAGGGCGCUUGGUGCAACUGACCCGAGAGGCGGCUGCAGUGCAAGGUAGUAUUUUAGACACUGACUUUGGAAUACAAGAUGGUAUUGGACCAGGCAAGCUGGGAACAAAAGCUGAGAGAGAUCGUCGAUUAAAAAAAAAGCAUGAACUUUUAGAAGAGGCUAGACGGAAGGGCCUUCCAUUUGCCCAGUGGGAUGGACCAACUGUUGUUGCUUGGCUGGAGCUGUGGGUAGGAAUGCCAGCGUGGUACGUUGCUGCCUGCCGUGCCAAUGUCAAAAGUGGCGCCAUCAUGUCUGCCUUAUCUGACACAGAAAUUCAGAGAGAAAUUGGAAUUAGUAAUCCUUUGCAUCGUCUUAAACUUCGCCUUGCCAUCCAAGAGAUGGUAUCACUGACAAGCCCGUCCGCACCACCUACUUCUCGAACGUCCUCUGGAAAUGUCUGGGUAACACACGAAGAGAUGGAAAAUUUGGCUGCACCUGCAAGAACGAAAGACAACGAAGAAGGAAGCUGGGCACAGACACUGGCAUAUGGAGACAUGAAUCAUGAGUGGAUCGGGAAUGAGUGGCUCCCUAGCCUAGGACUACCGCAGUAUCGAAGCUACUUCAUGGAAUGCUUGGUUGAUGCCCGUAUGUUGGAUCACCUUUCUAAGAAGGACCUAAGAGUUCAUCUAAAGAUGGUGGACAGUUUCCAUCGAACUAGCCUACAGUAUGGCAUCAUGUGCCUAAAGAGAUUAAACUAUGACAGAAAAGAUCUCGAGAGACGACGUGAAGGUAUUCAGCAUGAACUGAAAGAUGUGUUAGUCUGGACGAAUGACCAAGUAAUUCACUGGGUUCAGUCAAUCGGACUUCGGGAGUACGCAAACAACUUGCUGGAGAGUGGCGUUCAUGGAGCUCUUAUUGCACUGGAUGAAAACUUUGACCAUAAUAGUUUGGCCUUGGUGCUGCAGAUACCCAAUCAAAAUACUCAGGCAAGGCAGGUUCUGGAGCGGGAAUUCAAUAAUCUCCUGGCCUUGGGAACAGAUAGGAGACUUGACGAGGGUGAUGAGAAAUCAUUUCGACGAGCCCCAUCAUGGAGAAAACGUUUUCGACCUAGAGAUAUUCACACUAUGGGCAUGAUGCCUGGAGCAUCAGAAACACUGCCAGCAGGGUUUAGAGUAACAGCCAUCCCAGCACCAUCUCCACCAGUUCAGCCCAAGAAGAUGCCGCCUGAAGCGGGAGCAUCAGGGUUGCAAAGAAUAGACCCUUCCACAGUUCGGACCUACUCCUGCUGAUUCUCAGAGGUUUAGUGCAUUCCCACUACCUUUAUGGACAUAUGCUUGCUGCCUUUCGGGACUAAUACAUCCCGUCUCUGCUGGAUUCGAGAAUGGGAAGGAAAGCGACUUCAGAACAAUUACAAGGCACAACACAGGCAAUGAAACUCCCAACUAACAGCUUCUUAGAGAUAGUUGUAUCUUUACUGAGCAGUGCAGUACCGACUGCUUGCGGCUGUAUUUCUGUUUUUAUUUUAUAUUGUAGCAUAUCAUGCUGAGCUUCUGUUUGCUGUCUGCCUCAGCCUUGUGGUUUUGAUGGUUGUAAAAAGUCUCUCCCAAGUGUAACUUAUGUGUUAAUUGUAUACAUAUAACGAACAUUUUGUAUUUGUAAAUAAUUAUGAAUGUAAGGGAUUUUUGUAGACUAUUUAAUGGAAUUAAGAUGAUGUUCCUUUCAUUUUUAAAUGUGUUAAAUAUUUUUUUUUAUUUUGAAUUUGCCAAUAUAAGAGAUGAUGUGCCCACCGAAUUAUGUUAAUUUCAGUGGGAGCGUUGAGUGUCUUGAAACAGUACUGUAUUAAUUUAUGUAGGUAACUGUGCAAUACCGAGAGACCUUUGUAUCGCUCUACAUGUUCUGACUUCUAAUUCCCAAAGUUUGAGAAGCACUUGUCUGUCAUCGAGAUGGAUGCAUACAAGUUCAUUGUUUACAUAAAAAUGCAUCUAAAUGUACAAAUCAAUGCUUUUUAUUUUCUGUUAGCUUCACCUUCGAAUUCAUUAUAUUACUGAUUUCAGACUUACCUGCCAGUUUUAAGCACUUUUAAGUUGGAACUGUAUUUUUUGAUUGCCUGCUAGUUUGUGAGUUUUGAAGAGAAAAGUGGGUUUUUAGAAUAAAAUUCAUAGUUCAUUUUUCAAAUACUGGUGUACACAGUUCAACCCAUAUCAUAUACUUCACGCACAGACCCAGUCAGAGAAAAUGGAACUUAUUGAUCUGUGUAAUCUUACAGGGGGUAUCACUACUUGUUCUACAUUUUAUUUGAUAUAAACUUAAGUGCCAUGGCCACCUGUGCAUAAAACUGAUGACUGUCUGACAUGUAAUUGUGGCACUUAAUAUCAAUGUGUAGGUACCUCAGUCCUGAAGCCCCUCACAUCCGUUGGGUACAGAAUGUGACAGCCAGGGCACAUCAGCUGUCUUUUGACUACUUUAAAUGUUAUUGGACAACCCCUGUAAAAUAUAUUAACCCUGAUGACCAUUUAUCUUCCUUUCUUAGAUGGCUUGAAUGGGAAAUAUGCAUUUGUUAUUGAUUGUUGUUUGGUUCUGAUACUUAAAUGUACUCUCAUGGUCUGUUUAUACUUAAUACUUGCAGGGCAUCCCUUUUAAAUAAAAGGCAAAACAGUAAGUCAAGAGAUAGGGUCUAUAUUAUCAUAUCGCACGCUCAGAAGAGCAAAUGACAGAUAAUCGACCCCAUGUAAGCAAA